UAAGAGUAACUGUAUGUCUUUUCCACGAUUAAGUUCCGAAGCUCCAAACAUAAAACGGACGUUAUACUUAAUAUUAAAGCAGUAUUUUUCUUAGUAUAUAUUUUUUUAAAGUGCGUCUUUUUCUGCUUUUUUCUCCCGGAUCGAAAUAUUCAUGAAGUUGAAUUUACAUCGGCAUAAACCAUAGGAAAGACUGCGGCCGAAAAAAAAAUUUUUGAAGCUCUAAUAGAGGAAAAUGUCAAGCAAAUGUAAGCCCUGCGAGUUCAUUUCUUCCUCAAAUAUAUUUAGGAUUUCACUUUAGGGGAAGAUGUGAGUCGGAGGGAGGACGUUGCCAACAUACUCGUACAAUAGUUCAGAAAUCCAGAUGAUAUCCUGUGAAUGACCUGCAUAAUAUUGGUUCUCCAUAUUGAUUUGAUAUCAAGUAGGGGAUUAACUCUACUUUGCUUGAAAAUGCAUACUAUUAAAGGAAUGGAUUAUUACCUACCACCAGUAAGAAAUGAAAUCGGCCCAACAAUUACAGGAACUUCGGAAUUUAUUAAAGAACUCCAGCAGAGAACAUUUAGAAGCACUGACGACUUUUUGCUUUUUAUGAAAGCAGAAGAUUUGAAUGAAGACUACUUCAGUCAGUAUGGAUUUAACCGACCAAUUAUGAUCAUUAAUAAUGACGGCCUGGGUCUUAAAGUGCCAAACACAACCAAGUUUUUGGACAUCUGCAACAUGUUGAAACAAGAUGUGGCUGAAGUAGAGGUGAUUGAUGUUGAAAAACAGUGUCAACGUAAGCUCUCACUUUCAGAAUUUACAGAUUAUUUGACAAGUGAGCCAAGAACAUCAACAUUAAAUAUGAUUAGUCUUGAAGUAUCUAAAACAAGAUUAGGUGAUCUGAUAGAGCCUCCGACAAUUCUGCAAAAUAUAGACCUUCAGCAUAAAUACUGGAGUGAACCGAAGCCAGGUUAUUUCCCAGCGGAACCAUCUAAAGUAGAAAAGUAUUGUUUAAUAAGCCCGGCCAAUUCUUACACAGAUUUUCACAUUGACUUCAGUGGCACUUCUGUGUGGUAUCAUAUUGUUAAGGGUAUUAAAGUUUUUUAUUUAAUUAAGCCAACCUGUGAUAAUUUUAAGCUUUUCUGGACUUGGAUGGAAUCACAAAACAGAUUAAAAACAUUUUUUGCUGAUCAGGUUGACGCCUGUUAUAAAUGCUCAUUGCAGCCUGGAACGACGUUGUUUUUACCUACAGGGUGGAUUCAUGCUGUGCUCACUUUAGAAGAUUCUUUAGCCUUCGGAGGCAAUUUUCUUCACAUUUACAAUAUGCCUAUGCAACUCGAUAUCUACGACAUGGAGCAAAAGUUAAAAGUAGAUGAUAAAUACAUCUACCCAUUUUUUAAAGAUUUACACUGGUUUGCAGCCCGAGGUCUUAAAGAUGAACUGGCAUUCUUUAAUUCCAGAAGUAACACACCGACUCCCACUUAUUUAAUCGAAGGUUUAAAGAGGCUUUUAAUGAGCCUUAAACAAUGGACUGCAACUUGCACUGAGAUACAAAUCCGAUACCAUGCUCCAUCUCAGUUGAUAAAGGAUUUGACUCGAGAAAUAAGGGUGGCAGAAAGAAGGCUGUUAACUCUAAGUCCUCCUAAACCUGUAAGAGAAUCAACGAGAGUUAAACGGAAGCCUACAUUUGAAGAUUUCAUCCAGUUCAGCGAUUUAAAUAAAAGGAAGGUAAAGAAAAAAUUAGCAGACAGCAGUCAGCCUUCAUAUACGACAAUGCUUAACGAUGAUUCACCGUCCAGUUCAACAUCAGCUCAUCAUCCGGAAUAUUCGCCCGAUCGUAAGUGGCAAGUUAAAGGUGGAGGCUUGAAAGUGAUUCUUUCAAAGGCGUCUGUUGACCGAAAUGACAAGGCCUUGUCGUACACAGUUAGGCCCCCAUCGCCAGAAAUGUCAGCACAAAACACGGAUUAUUUUACUUUCAACGAGAACGAUGAAAAACCGCUGGAGCCGUACCAUAGCUGUUCAUCUAUGCAUAGCAGUAUAUUUGAUACUAAUCUAAGGGCUAGUGGAAGUGGAAUGUAUAAUUCUAUGCCUGGAGCAGUGAGAAAUGAUACACCUCAUCAUCCAUUGAGACCUCAUGAUCCAUCUGCCUACAGGAUUCGAUUUAAAGCAAUCCAAGAUGAAACGUCUUCUAAAAAAAUGUGGACACGUGUUGUACCUGAUACAGAUGAUGACAUGAACCGUAGUAUUCACCAAGACGAUGAUUUCAUAUAUCCAUCAUUAGAUUUAUCAGAUGAAGAGGAUAGUUCUUCGACAGGGAAAAAGAGCAAAUCUGAAGAGGAUAAAGCUUGGAAUCCAAAAUCAAAAGUCAAUUUUGGUACAUUUAGAACCGAUAGACCAACAAGGGUCGGAAAAACUAAGCUAGCUGUUGAAAAAGGCUUGGAAGCUGCUGCUGCCAAAAAACCAUGUACAUUUCAAACAUUACAACUGAAAAAAAUUAUUACAAAAACUACAUCCCGUCCAACUGGAGAGCAUUCUUUUAAUAGCUGGACACUUCAACAGAAAAAAUUAAAUAUGAAAGCAAUUACCCGUCCAUCAGGAGGAGAACAAUCGUACUCGUCGCCUCCAAAAGAAAAAGUGUCAAGACCAAAGAAAGGAUUGAACACUCCAAAGCAGCGCCUCGGCAAGAUUUUAAAACUUCACAAGUUGAGGCGUUAAAAAUAAGGCUCGGUAAAUAGUAUUCGUCUAAAUUUUGCUCAUACUCGUUACAUCAUUGGUAAUGAAACUAAAUCAGUAAACACUUUGAUGGUAAAGCAACCAUUUGAAGGUGCUCAACUUAUCCUAAAUGUUAAAAAAAAAUUGUGUUCAUUGAAAUUUAUCAAUUAAAUGUAAUAUUGAAACAUAUUCAAUGGUUGCUUGCCACAUAAACAUUUAUUAGAGUUCAUAAAAAAUAAAUAAUUUUAAAAAAGGGAUAAGCUGAACUUUAACGUUGCUGAAUAUUUUAUUUUAUUCUCCGUAAUUAUUUAGCAACCCAGCUCAAUGAUAAUGUUUAUCAUUUUGUUCAUUUUAAAAGAUGUAUAUAUACAUGUACUUAAAUAAUUGUUGUAUAGAUUAAUUGUUUAAAUGGGUUGUUGUGUAAAUUUUUUUAGCAGUAUCCAAAACAUAGUUAAAAUGCUGUUAUUAGUGUGAUGUCUGAGUUUCUUAAUAACAGUUGUCAUUUGACAGAAUACACCCUUAUAUUAUUUGUCUUUUUUUUUUUUUUAAUAUAUAUAUUAGUGAAAGGUUAUGAAUAAGGAAUAUUUAACUAUAGACACAAAAAUUUAGUAUUACAAGAAAAGAAAAUCUUCUAAGAUUUAUUAAUUGCAAGGAAUGGAAUAAGUAUUUUAUAGUUGUUAUAUGACUAGCCCAUUUUAACAAAAAUGAAAAUUAAAUAUAUUUGGAGUUUAGCAUAAAUGAUCAUACUAAAUUUUUUUUUCUUUGUAUUUUAGCGGUCAUUCAUGUGACCUAGUUCAUUGAGCGUAUUAAGUAUAAGUGAUAAUUUUGACUGACCAUUUUAUGUUAAUUAUUAUUUUGGUUCAUAUUUACCAUCAAUACAACCGUAAAAAUUUUCAAUUGUGCAAAUUUGUAUUUUAUAAAGGGUUUUUCAUGUAUUGUGUUCACUGUUAUAUUUAUUUGGAAUAGAAGUGCAUACAUUUAUUCACUGCGGUUUUGUUUUAGCUGAUUUUAAUUUUAUUUAUUUAAUGAAUCGCUUAAUUUAAAAGUUGGACGGAUUAUCAGAAGAAUUUUUUGAGCAAGAUAUUGCAUCACUGUUGUUAUUAUAUAUAUUUUAUUCUAGUUCGUAAAAAUAUUGGACAAGUUCUUGAAAAAAAAAUCUGCAUGUAUUUCAAGAUACCAUCAUUACCAUGGUAAUGUGCCCUAUCAAUCAGUUUAUUUAUUUAUUUUUAUUUUAUUUUUUUUAGCCUAAGAUAAGAAAAUAAUACACAGGAUCGUAUUGAAUGAGAUUAGGUAUAUAAAAAGUUACAAAACUCAAAAGGCGCUUUCAGUAAAGUAGGGCAAAAAAAUUUGGUUUUGAAAAACACAAUUAGGCUUCAUAAUAAGUUCCUUUAAUGCUUCUAAAUACAAUUUUUUUUGUUUUUUAUUUCUAUUUUAUUUACAGAGACCGAGAGAGUUUGUGCCACCGCAUGUAAUUUGUAUGGUUCUAAAACCCUGUCAAGUUAGCUGCGAAUCGGUAGUCAUUUUAAAGUUAUGGCGGUUUUUUUGGAGGGGGGGAAGGAAAGGAAAUUCGCUUGGAAGACAAAAAUUUUGAAUUAAAAAUAUUUGUUUAUAUUUUUCUUAAAAUUUGUAUUCAGUGGGUUUUCAGGGUAUAUACUAAUAUCGACUUCGUUUCUAACUAUACAAUUUUUUAACCUACUUCUACGUCUUCUUCUUUCCACUUUGUCAAAAUUGUUUUUGUCAGCUAGCCAUACUAAACCAUAUAUAUUAAAAUACAUAAUUUGCGACCAAAUUCUGCAAGCAUAUUAAUUUCUUAUCCUACUUUUUUUUUUUUUUAAUAAUAAUAAUCUUGAAAUACAUGCAUAGUAACAGCACAAAAAAAAUGUAAUUUACUUUUUUCCUUGUCUCCUAAGGCCCAUCAGCAAGAACGCUCGGUCACAUGUCUAAUAUUUUUUGACCUAUCGUAAAAAAUAAAAUGCCAUUGAAAUCCUUUUUACUUUGUCUGUAAGUCAAAUUUCAAGCGUGUUAUUGAAUGUACAGUUCAAAAUAUUUAUUUUUUUAUUUUUUUUUAUUUUUUUUUUUUGUCGGGAUUUAAGAUUAUGAACAACUACAAAACAAGCACUGUUGCUUUCUAAAUAUCACUCUUUUUUUUUCUCAUUAGUUUGGUUAAAAUUUUGCUACUUGUUUUAAAUGACAAGAGUUUUCUGUAUUGCAAAAAACUGUGAGUUUAUAGUUUUGAUUUUGUAUUUACAAUUACACUUUAUUGCUUUAGUAGUUCAGUUACAGUUUGAUAAAACUAAAAGUAUUUGUUGUUAUUUUUUAUUCUUAUUCACCGUAUGUGUUCUUCAGGAUAAGAUUUGUUCACAAUAACUUUCAUUAUAAAACUGCCUUUAAGUGAAUCGAAUUAGCAAUUAUAAAAAAAGGAACAUUGGGUGUUGCUUUUUUUUCGUUUUUUUUUCACUUGUAUGAUUUUUAAGUUAUAAAUUUAUACUGUAUUGUUAUUCGUGUUUUAAGGUAAUAUUUAUUUAAUAUUAUGAUAUACUGUAAAAAAUGUAUUAAGAUGGUUUAAAUUUUUAGGAAUGCUUUUUUUAAUAGAUCAUAGAUUCCAGUUUAAUUUAUUAAGACUUUUAAUUUAGAACUAGGUUAUUUUGUGGCUGUUCAGUUUAAAAUAAUUAAAUGUAAUAUUUUGUAAUAAUUGCCAUAUAUGUAUCUGUAUUCAGGCCAAAAGUUUUAUUAUAAACAUAAUUUUUUAACAAGACUUGCAUUAUACCACUGAUAGAUGGAUAUUUUGGCCUGUAAUAUAUUAGCAUGUUCAAUGCGGGGUUGAAUUUCAAUUUUCACCAACUUGGAUGGUAAAUAUUUUUUUCUAGGUUAGAGUAUAUACUUCAGCUCUGCCUAGACAGUCGCAUUGAACAUGUCGAUUUACGAAUGUAUAAUUUUAAGUUUUGCCUUAUCAAAGUUAAAAAAUAGAAAAGUAUCGAAUUAUGAGCCCUGAAAUUUAUACUGUUUAACUAGACUACCAUUCUCCUUAAUAAAAAUAAAUCUGUACUAUUAAAGAGAAUGGAAGACUUGUUAAACAGGAAAAAAUACGUUUAUUUAACACUUUGUUAAAGAAAUUGUACAGUAUGUUUAAAGAUGUAAUGAUUAUAAUUGUGUCAACUUUUUAAAACUUAAAUAGUGUUAAGUUUUUAUGAUUAUGUGAUUAAUUUAGAUUGUUGUUUUAUUUAUUCUAUUUUUUUUAAUAUUUGAUUUAACAGUUAUUGUUUUUUAAUUGCUUGAAGCUGGUGGAGAUAUUUAAAUUUCCAGACCUUGCGGCAGCAUCAGCACAACAAAAAAACAAUCUAGUAUUAAUAGAAAACUGGUACAAACUAACUUAUGUUAAGCGAUUGUAUAUAAUUUUAGUCUCGAUUAGUUUUCAAAGAGAUGAUCCAUCCUUUUAGUUUGUUUUUUAUGCCCAAUGUGAUUUGUUAAAAGAAGCGAAUGCUAUACAUAUACAUGUUGUUGUCAACACUGUCACUUUAAAUAACUUUAAAAUUUUAUUACACAGCCUAGAAAUUAAUUUAAAAAAAACUUUAUUUGCAACAAUUUUAACUGAGUAAAUAUCAAAGUCCAUAAAAUCUAUUACAAGGCUCUUAAUUUCUGUAUAAUUUGUUCAAUUAAAAAAAAGUUUAUGAUCCUUCAUUCUCCCGUUAAUCCUAACCUAAAUAUAACUUUAACCGUACCUGAAACUAAUAUUACCUCUCCAUGCAAGGAACUAGCAUAUGCUUUGCAUGGUCCAACC